AUGAGAAAGGAUUACGAGAUCAAGGAAUGUAAGCUCUACUUUGUUACGAAGAAGGACCUCUGGAAUGUUAUGACAAAGUACAAGCUGACACAAGGAUUACGUGACAGAGAUGAUAUUACUUCACUUGUAUCGGGAGAGCAAGAACGAAACCCAAGUGACGGAAUACGUUUUUUCAAGAAGCAGGACGAACCGAGUGGAAAGGGUUUUGUUCUUGUGAUCAUCACACCGCGCCAGCAAAGAUGGCUGGACCAAUUUGCGAGUAGGGGAAUUGCGGUUGAUGACACCCAUAAUGUGACGAAGUAUGCAUUGAAGCUUGCAACAGUUAUGGUGAUUGACGAUCACGACCGUGGACUUCCUACAGCAUUUUUGUUGUCGGGUGAGAUGACAUCGAAGAAAGUGAAAAUUCUUUUUGAUGAAAUAAAGAAAAUCGUGCCAAAUUUUGCUCCAAAAUCACUGCUCUCUGAUAAAGCCCUCGCGUUCUACAAUGGCUUCAAAUCUUCCUUCCCAGAUCGGUAGAGGAAAGACAGGAAGAAAUUGUGCGAGAAUCGACUUUCAUCGAGCUGCAGCCGGAACCGCGAGAAGUCGUGA